AUGCGUGAUACACCUGCGAAGUGGCAACUAUUGACAUGGCCAAGGGUCAAGGGCAUAGAUCUUAGCCAAAUAUACUCGGAGAAUGUGCUUGCGAAAGUCGUUCAAGUUGCGCAGAAGGGUCUGAAAUCCAAAGCGCCCCUCGAGACGUACCCCCACACAGUCUCCCAGACAGGACCUGGUGCAGGACGCUAUGAGUAUCGAGAAGCCGACUUCUGGACCUGUGGUUUCUUUCCAGGGUCUAUCUACACGCUCAUUGAGCGGUCGAUCAGAUAUCCGAGGGUUAUCGAUGUACCAUCCCAUCCACCUUCCCAAUUGAAAGACCAACUAUUGAAACUUGGACGCCAUUGGUCUGUCGCAAUCAAUCAAAUGUCUGGACGUACCGACACGCAUGACAUGGGGUUUAUCGUCCAGCCGGCCUUGCAAAAAGACUAUGAGCUGACUGGGAAUUCUGAGAGCCUGGAGAGUGUGGUGAAAGCGGCAUAUGCACUCGCUAGUCGGUAUGAUGACCGGGUCAAGGCUAUUCGCAGUUGGGAUGUUGCCAUCAAUGAUCGGUAUUCGAUCACUGAUAUGGAAGAAAACUUCUUGGUGAUCAUCGAUAGCAUGUGCAAUCUUGAUCUCCUCUACUGGGUCGGCCACACGCAACAGGACAAGCGCCUGUUACAGAUCGCAACUCAGCACGCAGAUACUAUCAUACAUGAGAUUCUCCGCUCGGAUCAUUCAUCUUACCACCUCGUCAACUUUUCGCCCAAGACUGGGAAGCCGCAAGCCAAGAUGACGAAUCAGGGCCACAAAGACGAUUCAACAUGGUCGCGUGGCCAAGCUUGGUCUAUCAUGGGCUUUGCGCAAACUUACACUUGGACGAAAGACACAAAGUACUUGUAUACAGCGAUAGAAUGCGCAAAGUACUUUUUGCGAAGAUGCGAAGAGGGAGAAGGGAAGUGGCAUCACCCGCUUGUCCCAGCUUGGGAUUUUGAUGCUCCGCAGGAAGAUGAAAAGGAACCGCUGAGGGAUGUAUCCGCGGGAGUGAUUACAGCGAAUGGUUUGGUCAUGAUCCACCAAGCGCUGCAAUCGCUGCCCUUUGAAGAAGCCCACAAGCUGUCACCCUCUAGCACGGACUUUCUUCAGGUGGCCCUUGAUAUAGUGGGCGAAACCUUGGAUAUGGCUUUAGACGGCGAUUAUGCAUCGCUUGAAUCUCCAGCUACCGUCAAUGGUGAUGGUGGAGCAAAACCAUCACUCACUGUCAAGGAAAGUGGCUUCGAAGCAUUACUGAGACAUUCUACGGCAAAUCAUAACGAACACGCACACAAGCCAUAUUGUGAUCAUGGGUUAGUUUACGCGGACUACUUCUUCUUAGAGUUUGGAAACAAACUUCUGCGAGCGGGCUAUCUAUAG